CUCUUGGGAAAAUGGACGACGAGAGAGCCCAUGGUUCCCAGAUGGUGCAGCGUCUGCAAGUUGAAAAGGCCCAGGAGACUUCCAAACUACAGCAGGCUAUCACAGCAAAAGACAAAGUCUUGGAGGAGAACCAGAGGCUUGAAAGAGAACUCUGCCAAAUCAAGCAGCAGCAGGAGUCAUUUGACGCCACCAUGCAGGAUCAGGUCUCAUGGAACGAUAUUCAGCCGGUCUUGCAUCAGACACACUGUGAGCUGGUAUCUGCGACCACUCGGCUCUGGAACACGAUCGAUGCUCUUCAGAAUCGUAGACCGGCGCCCUAUUUGCCUGGCUCUGAAGUAAUUCACGGAACUUGGCCCGACCAGGAUGGCCCGCUGGGGAAUUUGGGUCACAAUGCCCUACCCGGAUUCUCCGCAUCGAGUAAUUACCCACUUGUUACUCAGCAGGUGCCAACUCCAGCCAACCAGUAUGAAUCGCUUGCGUGA